GAAGAAAACGUCAGAAGUCAGAAGAACCUUGAACUAUCGAGAAAAACACAGUCACUAAUCAUUGAGGGAAUACAUUCAACUGACUAAAUCGGAUAAGGAAAAGAAGUUUCGAAGUUUGCAGCCCCCAAAAACCACAAUCGUCGUAACUUAACUUCCUCCGCCAUGGUUUGCGUGCCUUGCUUCAUCAUUCCGGUUCUGCUGUACCUGUGGCACAAGUUUAUUCAGCCGAUUGUCCUGCGCUACUGGAACCCGUGGGAGAAAAAGGACAAGGACGGAAACGUAAUCAAGGCCGGACCGGAGUUCCCGUUCCAGUGCAAGGGCGGUGUUUGUCCGUUCCCCGGCAAGAGCAACAAGGUUCAGCAGGAAGGAGGUACGACAGGAGAAGAAGUUCCAGCUGCGGCGGCAGCAGCUGUGGCAGAAACAUCAGCUGAUGGGGAAACCAAAAAGAGUCUGUGAAGAAGGACGGGCAGCAGAGAGCUUACAAGAAGAGUAUUCCGGUUUGGUUUGUAAUAGUUAAUAAAAAUUGUAACUUAAAAAUUUAAUUAUGUAUAAAUAAAAAAAUUUAUUCUGACCCAA